UUAUCUCUCCCGCACUCUUUCAGAAUUCAGAAAUCAUUUUCAGAGUACACUUACGACUCACUACAAAGGUCCUAAGGGUCUCACAUCUGACUUCGCCAGUCUCCUCUCAACUCUCUCCUCCGUUCUCAUCUCGUCAAACCCUAACACCCAUUUCCAGACCUUAUCGUGUUUGACGAACAUGGACAACAAGGAGAACCACAAGAGGGUUACCCGUGCUGCGAAGAAGAGGGCUGCUUCUUCCAUGCCCGAAUCGCAAUCUCCGCAACUUCCUGCUACGAAGAAGCGAGUCGUCUUGGGAGAGCUUCCUAACUCGCAGUCCAAUGUUGUCUCCAAUCCGACUCCGAUUCUUGAACCUAAGAAGGCCAAAUGCAGGUUGAAGAAGAAGGAAGUGAAGCCGGCCGGGCCGAACAUCGACGCAGAUACUGCCGAUCCUCAGAUGUGCGGGCCUUAUGCGUCUGAGAUCUUCGAGUACCUUCGCUCCAUGGAGAUUGAAGAGAAAAGGAGACCGAUACCUGAUUACCUUGAGAAAAUUCAGAAGGAUGUUACAGCUAACAUGCGAGGCAUUCUGGUGGAUUGGCUGGUUGAGGUUUCAGAGGAAUACAAGCUUGUCUCUGAUACCCUUUACCUCACUAUCUCCUACAUCGACAGAUUUCUAUCUUCGCAUCCUAUCAAUAGACAAAGGCUGCAACUUCUAGGCAUUUCAUGCAUGCUUAUUGCUGCCAAGUAUGAAGAGAUCAGUCCUCCACACGUAGAAGAUUUUUGUUAUAUAACAGACAAUACUUAUAAAAAGGAAGAGGUGGUGAAGAUGGAGUCAGAUAUUCUCAAAUUUCUGAACUUUGAGAUGGGAAAUCCAACCAUAAAGACUUUUCUCAGGAAAUUUACUAAAGCAGCUCAAGAUGAUCAGAAAUCACCCAAUUUGCAAUUGGAGUUCCUUGGCUGUUACCUUGGAGAGUUAAGUUUGUUGGAUUACAGUUGCAUCCGGUUCUUACCAUCAAUGGUUGCUGCUUCAAUUGUUUUUCUUUCAAGAUUCACAAAGAGACCAAAAUUGCAUCCUUGGAAUUCAACAUUGCAGCAUUGCACGGGCUAUAGACCGUCAGAUCUUAGGGAUUGUGUCCUUGCAUUACAUGAUUUGCAAUUGAAUAGGAAAGGGGGCUCUUUAGUAGCUGUAAGAGAUAAAUACAAGCAGUAUAAGCAGUUCAAGUGUGUGGCAACAUUGGCUUCCCCCCCAGAGAUUCCAACAGCUUACUUUGAUGAUGUUUGAAUCAAGGUCUUCUUGCAGUUUGGGGGUUUGAUGUACAGGGUUCACUCUUUAAUUUCAAGAGAAGUGGAACCUUUCACUAUGAUGAAAUUCUUGUGUGAUUACUCAAUUUGAUGGGAGACACCCUGCUUCUGAUUAGUUUGAAGUGCCUGUAUCUGUGGAAGCUGAUUGUUGAAAAGUUGCAUGUUAAUGCCCAUGGACUACCAUUAAUGAUUAUUGAGCUGGCUUUUUGUUACCAACGUAGGAUCUAACAAAUACUUGGUUGUAAAGAGGUGGAUCAUGUUGACAUAUUAAUUGCUACCUAGUCUUUUGUUUA